AUGGCGGCCAAAAAAAGCAAAAGAUUGGGAGAAUUAGAAGAAUUACCGGAAGCAUGUAUUGCCACAAUACUCUCUCAUACGACUCCCACUGAUGCUUGUAGGCUCUCCGUCGUUUCUAAAACUCUCCAUUCUGCCUCCGAUUCCGACGAUGUUUGGAAUUACUUUCUCCCUUCCGAUUCCAAUCUCAUCAACUCUAUCAUCUCACAGUAUCCUUCCCUUGCUAAUGCUUCUACUAAAAAGGCUAUGUUUCUCGCUCUCGCUCUCUCUGAUCGCCGUUUCAUCAUUGACGAUGGUAAAAAGAGCUUUCAAUUGCUUAAAGAGAGUGGAAAAAUAUGUUACAUGCUUUCUGCUAGAUCACUCACCAUUGAUUGCGAAAGCAGUGCAAGUCAUAAGAAAAUGUGGAUUUCUAAGCCUAAUUCCAGGUUCCCAGAAGUUGCUGAGCUUUGUAAUGUUUCGCGGUUUGAGAUUCAUGGGACUAUUAACACUCUUUCCUUGUCCCCAAAUACUCAGUAUGCGGCUUAUCUCGUGUUUAAGAUGAAUGGUGCCUAUGUAUUUAAGAAUGAACCUGCAAAGUUAUCCGUUAGUGUUGAAGGUGGCCGUUACAAAACUAAAUCUGUUUGUUUGGAUCCCCAAAUACUCAGUGGUUACGGCCGUCGAAGGCAAACACACUGCAAAUGCAUUUCUUUGAGGCCGCCCGAAGUAGUUGGAUUGCAACGUCCUUGUGUGAGAAGUGAUAGGUGGUUCGAGAUUGAGAUGGGAAUAUUCUUCAAUUCAAAUCUCCAAAAUAAAGAAGUUCGGAUGAGUGUUAUCCAGAAAAAGGGUGAUGGAAAGAUGGAAAGUUUCUUUCUUGAAGGAAUAGAAGUUAGACCUAAAGAUGAUGAUGAUGAUGAUGAUGAUGACGACGAUGACGAUGACGAUGACGAUGACAACGACGAGUUUGCUCCACUUAACAACUCGUGA